GAACUUUCGAUGCAACAUACUAUUUUCCGGUUACAUUUUGGAUACCUUGAUCAUUUUGUCAGACGACGAAUCGUUAUCUGAUACCGCCAAGCCACCACAGAAAAAGACAAAAAUUGAAAAUUUUUUAGAUAAAACUAAAUAGAUGUCAUGUGGUGGGCGUACAUGAAAAAAUGUAAUAUGUAAUACUCACAUAGUUGCACAAUGCAUGCCAUACACAAAAAGAAACUGAAAUGGUUAAUGUCACAGAAGAUCAUAUUUUUCAUGAUAGCCAUUGUGGUGGUAUGGGGAAUGUAUUUGCUGUCAGUUCCAAGCUUGAGACAAAACAAUAACGUUCCAGAAACGGAAUAUUUAAAAUCUGAAAUUGUGAAAUUGUCUAAGCAAUAUGUGCAGGCCAUGGCUAAAGAAAACAGAAAAGAUGGAUUGUCAACUGGCAAGAUUCAAACAGCUGUUUUACUAACCAACAUGCUGGAUCGCAUUGAGCAACUUGAAAACCAGUUACAUAAUGUCAUUAUAAACAGUACUGAAACAUUUGCAACUAUGGUAAAAGAAAUAAAAACACUUAACAAGACCAUUCUUAAAAUCCAACGGAAUAAAUCUACAUCUUUUACUGAUGUUUGCGUCAUACCUAAUGACCCUGGAUAUCCACACUGCGCUGAAAGAGUGGAGUGGUUAAAGCUGCAUUGGAAGGCCAGAGAAUACAGAGACAGUGGUGUUAACGGAACGAUAUGCUCAAUUCUUCACUAUCUUAGCCAUUCUGAAGAUCACUGUCCAAAAAAUUAUCGCAUUGAAAAAAGUAUAGUUCCAAGUACAUUCAAUCAAACUGCAGAGAAUAACUGCUUGGCUCGAAUUCACGAUACUGCCUAUCCGGCUUGCAAAGAAAAAAUUGAGUGGAUGAAAAGGUUCUGGCAAUCUGAUCCCACAUACACAAGUCAUGGCGUAGAUGGUUCCAUAUGUUCAAUUGUAAAAUUCCUGAGUGAGGUUGAGUCAUGGUGCCCACUCAUGCAUGGUCGAACAGUAAAUACUUAUCAAUGUGCUAUUCCAAAAGUUACAGAAUUUCCACAUUGUGGCGACAAAGUAGCUUGGAUGAAAACCUUUUGGAAGUCUGAUCCGUGCUAUGCGAAAGUUGGUGUCAAUGGAAGUGUCUGCUCGUUUAUUGUCUACUUAGGAGAGGUAGAGGCAUGGUGUCCUCUUUUACCUGGACGAAAACGUAUUGAUACGUCAGUAACCUUUUCUGGUCCAGCUUUUAAACCUGAUGUGAUGCAAAAUAGUCUUGAACGUCUGUUAGAUAUUCUUCAUGCUGGUCGAGAAGAAAUCAAAUACAAAUGGAUGAGUGAGAGAAUUACUCGACUAUGGCCACAAUGGUUGCAAGGAAAAAAAGGCUUGCAAGAAAGAGUGAAACUUGACAGUUAUAGAAAAAUGAAGAUUUUGAUAUACAUUGGUCUGUUAGCUGAUGAGAAAAUAUAUCAUUUCGCUGAGCAGGCAACGAAAGGGGGACCGCUUGGAGAGUUGGUGCAGUGGAGUGAUUUGAUUGUAUCUCUGUAUCUACUCGGACAUGAUAUCACCCUAUCGAUGAAUAAAGCGGGCAGAGGAGAAAAAUCUUUACCAAACAUUUUAAAAAAGAGUAUCGCUGGUUCUUGUCCUACUGACCAGAAGAGUGAAUACGACAUUAUUUACACUGACUACAUUGGUUUAUCUCACAUGAUACGCAAGUUUAAAAAUGUUAACAGUAUAAAAUGUCAUUUGCGACUUGUUGAUUCAUUUGGUACCGAAGCCCAGUUUAAUCACAAGGCCACAGCCAGAGGCGGUAAAUCUCGCAACCUGUAUGGUUAUCAUGAUUUGGAUUUGAAGCAGUACAAUACCAUGUUUCCGCAUAGCCCUGACAACACGUUCUUGGGUUUCAUUGUUGAAAAUAAACUAGAGGAAAAGGACGUGGUGAAGAAGAAACGAAUCGCACUUGUUUAUGGUAAACACGUGUCCAUGUGGAAGGAUUCAAGCAAGAUAGCGUUUCUAGAUAUUGUUCAACGAUAUUUCGAAGUUCACGCAACCGUGGGAGAUGUGGGUGAAAGCCAGAAGGUUUCCUAUCUUCUUCCUAGAUACGUCAUUAACCAUGGUGUCGUCACCGGUGGCGAAUACCAAAAGUUGCUUCGAGAGGCAACACUAUUUGUCGGUCUUGGAUUCCCUUAUGAAGGCCCUGCUCCUCUAGAAGCAAUCGCAAAUGGAUGUUUUUUUCUGAAUGCAAAGCUUGUGCCACCUCUAGGAAGAAGCAACGACAAGUUCUUUAAACAAAAGCCGACCGAAAGAUUGUUGACAUCGCAACACCCGUACGCCGAAAGAUACAUUGGCGCGCCGUACGUGUACACGGUGGAUUUGUCGAACGAAAAAGAAGUUGAGGAGGCCAUGGAAGAUAUGGAAACAAAAGCAGUUCCACCGCACCUACCGUUUGAAUUCACAUACGAAGGGAUGUUGGAGCGUUUGUACGCGUUCACAAAACACCACAACUUUUGUAACCAGAGGAACGGACGAACCAAUUCAACAUGGCCGCCAUUAUCUGCAAGAAAAAUACUUGUGGGGAAUGUGAAUGAAGGUUGCGAUGUUGUUUGUGCGAAAAAAGAUAAGAUUUGCGAACCAGCUUAUUUUCCAUCGCUAAACGCAAAGAAGCACUUCCCGUCAUGCAAUUCAAAAAGUCACAAACCCUCGUUAGUUGCACCUGGGAUAAUGAAGAAUAAUGAAUGCAUUCAACAAGCGAAUAAAUUUUUUUAUAGUUGUACUGCUAAAAGUGAAUUCACCAAAAGAUUGUGUCCUUGCAGAGAUUUUGUGAAGGGUCAAACAGCUUUAUGUAAUGAUUGCUUGGAUGGACUUCUAUAAGUAUUAAAAAAAAUUAGCCCGCUCAUUUUCUAUGGGAGUGAAUUGAAUUGAACGCGGAAGAAAGGGAACGCCAAAAAGAAUGAAGAAAUAAUGUUUAUGAAUGAGUCUCGUUCAUUUCGCAAUUGAGUAAAAAAAUUCAAAUUAAGGAAAAUACCAAGACUAGCUAUCCGAGGUAAUUAAUUCUCUAUCGUUGAUCAUCCAUUUUAAUGGAAAAUGCACUUACUCGCACUUUUUUAAAUCAGCAAUUCAAGCAAUUUUCUAACACCUAGUCACAAAACUUUUUUCUAAAAUAUUUACUUCAAACAGGUACUUCACUUCAGGUAUUUCUGUUCACUACUCCAUGUGCAGUCAAGUUAUAAUGCAAUGCAUUGCGACUGUUGACAAAGUGUUUCGCUAAUGUAAAAAAAUACUUCACGUCAACGUGGAGGUACGAGAACAAAAUAUUAAAUUAAUAUGGGUUGUAAUUAAUAUUAAAAUUAAUCUAAUUGAGAUUACACUGAAGUCCGAAAUAAUCGCGGUGUUAAAAGGAGGCUGGGAUCGAAGGUUAUCCUUAUACAGUUUUUAUAAUAACUAUAAACAUGUCCAUGAAGUUUUUAAAAUAUUUAGAUUUUUUUUUUUGCACGCUGUUAGACUUUGUUAAAAGUAGAUGUUAUUUAUUUUAUUUUUAUUUUUAACUUGUAAAGUUAUAUAGUAGUAAGCCUUUUUAUUAGUUGCUUGUCGCAUUGCUUUGUCGAUUAUUCGAACGCCAUAGAAUGAUUUGGGUAAUUCGAAGUACCCAAUUUUUAGGAAUACACGUGUUUUAUUAUAUAUUAAAAGCACGUUGUUUUUUAUAUAAGAAACCAUUUUAUAAGAAACUGACUAGUCAUCUUCUAAAGAAUUAAGAAACAUUUACCAGUUGAAAUGCCAAAUAUUUAAGUAAAAAACUUUUACCAUUUCAAAUGACGGAAGACGAGAAAGUUUUUUAUUUCAUCUUUUAGAUAUGUUUAUAAAAGUUCUUUCUUGUGCCAAAAUCGUGUUUUUGAUUGAAUAUCCGUGUGAUUGAUUUUUCCAGGUAAAUGACUUCAGAAUUUAAGAAACUCUUACUAGUUGGCUAUUUGCUUGGUGUCUUCUAAAAAAAGGUUUAAUAUAGAAAUGUAUUCGAUAUGAACCACAACUUGUUUUCUUGGAACAAAUAGCAAUUGUUUUCUCAACUUAAAAGAGAAUUAUGGUUUUAUCAGUAUUGUGGAUAGAACUUUAAAUGUUAAAAUAAUAUUUUUAGAUAAAAUACAGAAUUGUUUAUUCA